AUGUUAGCGACUCGGACACUAAAGAACGUUCUAACAUUUCAAGUCAAUUUUUCGUUACUCUUAAAGAAAUCGAAGAUAGCCUUAAUUAAGGCUGAGGACGCCCUAAAAUCUGAGGGGGAAAGCAAAGCUAAAUUAGAACGUCUACGUUUCAAAAGCGAAACAACGCCCAGUCAAAAUAAAAAUGCCGAAAAUGAGCUGAAAAAAGAAGCUUUGCCUGUAUGGAUCUGCUUUCAAAAUCUAAAGGAAAAAAUUGUAAAAGAGACAAAAAUCUCAGAUCAACAUUUAACGCCGGAGAUUCUUUUACACUUAAUAACACCCGAAUGUCGUUUAUUUAAUGCACGAUUAACCGCAGAAUUAGAAAAUUUAUUUAAAAAUGAUCCAUUCUGGGGUUUCUAUUGGCCCGGCGGUCAGGCGCUGAAACGUCCCGACCUUGUCAAAGGAAAAUCUGUUUUAGAUGUGGGCUGUGGUUGUGGAGCCACAUCAAUAGCUGCAAUCAAGAAAAAUGCUAAAUAUGCCUUAGCCAACGAUACAGAUGAAGCCGCCGGCUGUUCAGUUCUCGUAAAUGCUGAGCUCAAUUCGAUCGACUUAUGUAAGUUGUUCAUUUCAAGUAGGAAUUUAAUCGGCUCUCCCGUGGAAGAAGAAGUUAUCUGCAUUGGCGAUCUAUUCUAUGAUGAAGAAAUUGCUGAUAUUCUGUUUCCUUGGUUGGAUAAUCUGGCCGAUGCCGGCAAAAUGAUAUUAAUCGGUGAUCCUGGACGUCAUGGUUUAUCAACGACGAAAAUGCCCUUUCUGACGAAAUUGGCUGCUUACGAUUUGACCGCGAAUUGUUGCAUCGAAAAUAAAGGAUUUAAAAAUGUGUUCGUCUGGAAGUUUCGUUAA